AUGGCAGAAAACGAGCGACCAGCAUCGCCGACGCCUGAGGAGCGAGACCGUUUGGACAAGGAGGCAAAGGUCAAGGAGGAAGAGGAGCAGAGCAAGCUACCGUACAAAUGGACACAGACUAUCGGUGACCUUGAUCUGACGGCCAUUGUGCCAGCCAACAUCAAGGGCAAAGAUCUGGAUGUGAAGAUCACGAAGACCAGCCUGAAGGCUGGCAUCAAAGGCCAAGAGCCCAUUAUCGAUGGUACCCUCCCACACGCCAUUGUCGUUGAUGAUUCUACCUGGACGCUCGAAUCAGUCAAGACCGGCAAAGAGCUCUCCAUCCAUCUCGACAAACAGAACAAAAUGGAAUGGUGGGCACACGUCGUUACUUCCGCGCCCAAGAUUGAUACAUCUAAGAUUACGCCUGAGAACUCCAAGCUGAGUGACCUGGAUGGCGAGACGCGGUCGAUGGUUGAGAAGAUGAUGUACGAUCAGCGACAGAAGGAGGCGGGAAAGCCUACGAGCGACGAGCAAAAGAAAUUGGACAUGCUGAAAAAGUUUCAGGAGCAGCACCCCGAGAUGGACUUCAGCAACGCGAAGAUUAGCUGAGCCCGAAGGCACUUUUGGGGGCUUGUGCUGGAUGUGCCCGCGAAAGAUAAAGUGGGAGGAGGCAAAGUGGCAAGAUACAUGGACUAUGGAGAUGCUAUCAAAGCUGAGCUAUAGAUACUCUCGUGCGGAGCAGUCGAAAUGAGACGUAUAUGCACGGUUAGAUCAAAAUCGAAAGUGGUGGCAGAGCAUGACGCUUGCAGAUUGAAGCUAGAUGUUUUAUUGUAGAAAGUGCAUAGAUCGCGACCUAUCAUAAGCCGUCCGGUCGAGUG